AUGUCUCUAAAUAUGAGAAACCAUCAAGACGUUUUAUCGAAACCACUGCGCAGGGAGCGAUUGAAAAUCUCCAUCGCUUGUCAGGCUUGUCGGUUGAGGAAGGCGAAAUGCGAUGGCGGUCAUCCGGCCUGUGCUAGAUGCGUGCGAAGAGGAAAGGCAUGUACGUACAGCAUUGAUUCCAGCGCCGUCGAGCGACAAGCCAAGCGCAAAACCCCGGUCCCAAAAGCACUAACAAAUCGCUGUCAUAUACCCAUCCCAGCCUCGUCUGCGAACUUGGGAGCCUGCUCGCUUGCGACUCCGGUGACCCGUGGACCGCUCUCCAGAUCAGUGCGUGCCGAGGAAGACCAAGAGCCGGAGCUCGAUCAGGAUCAAAACCGUGCGUACUACAGCACCCAUGGACAGUUUGCUGGCGAAGUCGCAGCCGCCAUCGAUGUGAGAGCAGGGCUCGUCCCGGCCGCUACUUCAAACCUUGUCCCGUUCGUGGAUGCGCCCUUGUUUGGAGUGUUAGACCUGCACUCUCCGUACAGCGUUCUCAACUCGGCCACGGAAUUGCCUCCCCGCGCUUAUGCUGAUAGACUUGUGUGUAUAUAUUGGCAGUACGUCGAUCCCGUGGAGCCGGUCUUGAGUCGAGAACGCUUCUUACACGACUAUGAGGCGACGUACUCUCAACCUGGUGCACUGCUCCACGCGGACCGAGACGUCUGGCUCAGCAUACUCAAUGUCGUCUUUGCCCUGGCAGUGCAGAGACAAGAAUCCAUCCUUCCGCAACAGCGUGACGAGGAGGGAAAUCGCUUUUUCCAGCGCGCAUGGGCGCUUCUCCGACCAGAGACAAUUCUAUGGAAGCCUGGAACGCUCGAGCUGGUCCAGUGUUUGAUGCUUAUGAAUCGAUACCUCCACUGCACCAGCAACCACCUAAAGACAUGGAUGACGGCGGGGUUGGCAAUCCGCAUUGCGCAGAGUAUGUGUUGCCAUCUCUCCAUGGGGUCUUCGGCCAAGCAUCCUUGCAACGACACGCAGUUGAAACAAAAGGUAUGGGCUAGCUGUGUGGCUCUAGACCGAUGCGUUUCGUGGUCACUCGGCCGGACAUCGGCGCCGUCCUUGAUCCCUUUACCGAACAGGACCGAGGCGAUGUCUACAAGUCAGAGCUACCUACAGGGCGGUAGCCAUGCAGAGCAUCUUUCACGAGAGCUUCAUGAAAUUGGAAAUCAAAUUCAGUUGGCACAGACCCAGACUCGCAAUGCUCUCGCUGCCAGGUUGGGACUACCACGUCUGUAUCAACAGGACGACUACCACGCCGUGGCAGUGCAGCUAGACGCCUGCCUCAACAAAUGGGAGAAUGGUCUCCCUAGCGACUGGAAGUUGGAAAAUCUCAACAACGUUAUCGACAGGAAUUCGCGAGCAGAGCGAUAUUUACUUCACCUUCGACUCCUUCACUCCCGAAUUGUCCUGUACAGACCCAUGCUCGCACGUCUCUACUCUCUGAAAACCCACCCGUCAACCAUGCCAGCACGACCCAAUCCUCCAAGCCUUAGCGAUCGGCUCCUCAGAGAAUGCGCCGGAAUGUGCGUGGAAACCGCGCAGAAGCUCACCUCGUUGAUCAUCGAGACCCUGGAGCCAAACGAACCAAUGGGUCUCCUGCCCUGGUGGUAUCGAAUCUACUAUCUACACAUUGCAGGGACCAACUUUCUGGCGGCCAUGUUCGAAGCGGACCUGUUUACCACAUCGGCGUCGCAAUCGUGGAAAGAUGUUCUGUCGGCGCUCCGCGCGCAUGACCACUUGAGCAUGUAUGUUCAACAGUGCAUCCGGACCUUUGAAAUGCUCGCGACAAGAAUCUUGGAGACACAAUGCCCCGGUCCAGAUGGCACUGGUGAUAUGCCGCUUGAGGAGGAGACCUCGGGUUCCCUGUUCGAUCAUAUCUUCCAGGAUCUAGGGUUUGAUUGCGAUAGCUUUCUCUUUGGUAUGGAGGAUUUUACGGAGGGCCAGUGUUCUUAG